AUGAAGUCUGAUAAUAAUAAAGACCCUUCUUUUGCGUCUGGCAACUCAAAGAAAAAUAGAAAGCCUUCUUUAAUAUCCAUUAAUAUUGAUAUUGCUGAUACAGCAGAGGAUUUAAAUGAAGUUGUUUCUCCUCUUUUAGACAAAUUUAAAACAAUAAACGGAAGAGAUUUCUUUGAUAUUGAAGACUUAAAUUAUAUAUUACCAUCUGAUAAAUUAGAGGCUGAAAGGGCAGCUUUGGUUCAUAUACUAAAUAAGCAUUUAUGGCGAAGUAACUUUCGCUCUCCAAUUGCAGAAAGAUUGGAAAAAGGCAGUGCCAAAAUACUUGAAAUUGGAUGUGGUCCAGGUUGUUGGAUAAUCGAUAUGGCACUAGAAUAUCCAUCUUCAACAUUUAUAGGAAUUGAUGUUGAUUCCUCCUUCUUUCCUCCUGCUGAUAAAUGUCCUCCAAAUGUUUGUUUUCUUACAUACAACGUUACUUACGGAAUUCCAUUUCCUACGGAAACUUUUGAUUUUGUUUAUAUGGGUAUGAUGUGGUCUGCUUUUACGGAGCCUCAAUGGUCUGACUUGAUCAAAGAUAUUGUUAGAGUUUUAAAGUAUGAUGGUUGGGUCGAAUCUCUAGAACCAACUUCUCGACUUCAAAAUAUGGGGAAAACCACAAAAUGGAUAGAAGAUACUGAAAAAGGUGUUAAUGUUCGCAUUUGUGCUAUGAUGCCAAAAUUUUUUGAAUCAAAUUAUGAACUUACAAGCAUACAACGCGUUAAAGUAGAAUACCCAAUAGGCGAUUGGUUUGGAUGUUUUGGUAAAUACUCAUUGAAUAACCUUCGUGGUAUAUUCCAAGGUUUAGCAUUUAUGCCAAAAUAUAUGGGUAUAACCCAUGAAGAAUAUAUUGAGCUGUUGAACGAUUUUGUUAAAGAAUCAAACGAAAAUAAAACUUAUACGCAUCUUCAUAGAUGUUUUGCUAAAAAAACUUCGUUUGAUUAA